AUGAGCAAGUCUGGGAAACUAGACGAGGAGACGACCGAGGUUCUCAACUUUUUUGCCUCAGUCUUCACUGGAAACCUCUCUCCUCACGCUUCCCGAGUCAAUGGACCAUAUGACUUGGAUCAGGGGGGCAAAGUUCCUCCCACUGUAAGAGAAGAUCAGAUUCGCAACCACCUGAGGAACCUGAACAUAAAUAAGUCUAUAGGUCCUGAUGAGAUGCAUCCCAGAGUCUUGAGGGAAUUGGUUGAUGCUUUGUUAACAAAAAUCCAGGAGGAUCCAAACAUAGACCCACCAUCAGUGAUGAAGGAGUUAGUAUGUGAAUUAUUAAAGGAGCUUGACCCCUACAAAUCGAUGGGACCUGAUGCCAUCCACUCGAGGGUGUUGAGAGAGCUGGCUGAUGUCAUUGCGGGGCCACUCUCUAUAAUCUUCGAGAAGUCAUGGAGAUCGGGGGAUGUCCCAGAGGGCGGGAGGAAGGCAAAUGUUGCCCCUAUCUACAAGAAGCGCUCAAGGAAGGUUCCAGGUAAUUAUAGGCCCAUCAGUCUUACUUCAAUCCCCAGGAAAGUCAUGGAAUGGAUCCUCCUGGGGGCCAUCAUGAGUUAAAUGAAGCAUGUGAUUGGGAAAAGCCAACACGGCUUCACAAAAGGCAGAUCGUGCCUGACAAAUCUGGUGGCCUUCUAUGAUAAAGUGACCUGCUCAGUUGACAUGAGGGAAGCGGUCGACAGUGUCUACUUGGACUUCUCCAAGGCCUUUGAUAUGGUUCCCCACAGCUUCCUCCUGGAGAAAUUGAUGCAUUAUGGCCUGGACAAGCGGUCUGUGCACUGGGUGAGGAAUUGCCUGACGGGCUGCGCCUAAAGCGUUGUGGUAAAUAGCUCUUUUUCAAACUGGCAACCCAGCACAAGUGGGGUCCCUCAGGGAUCAAUAUUGGGCCCAACUCUAUUCAAUAUCUUCAUAAGUGAUCUGGAUAACAGGGUCAAGUGUAGCCUGAUGAAGUUCGCAGAUGACACCAAAUUGAGUGAGGAAGUAGACACUCUGGAAGGGAGAGCCACCCUGCAGGAAGAUCUGGAUAGGCUGGAAGAGUGGGCUAACAAGAACCUUAUGAAGUUUAACAAGGACAAGUGUAAGGUCUUGCACCUGGGAAAACAUAAUCCAGGAGUGCAGCUCAGACUGGGAUCCACCUGGCUAGAGAGCAGCUCUGUGGAAAGGGACCUGGGGGUCCUGGUGGACAGGAAGCUCAACAUGAGUGAACAGUGUGCUGCUGUGGCCAAGAAGGCCAAUAGGAUGCUGGGUUGCAUCAAAAAGGGCAUCACCAGCAGAGAUAAAGAAGUCAUUGUCCCUCUCUACUCAGCGCUUGGAGGGUCACAUGGAGGAGGUCUGGAUGAUGCAAUGAAUGCUCAUCCUGCCUGGUCAGAGAAGCUGAUGCUGGAGCUGAAGCUGGGAAGGAAAUCUCUGUUUUCAGCUCUCCAGCUCUAG